UUGAGAGUUGCGGAAAAGUCUCUUGUGGCUGGAUUAACGAUGAGCGAACAGGCAGAAUUCAGCAUUGAUGACCUGAUUAAUAAUAUUCGACUGAAUGGAGUUGAAGGAAUGCAGGAGCCCGAAGUUGAAGAGUUGGUGGACAAAAUAAGGAACAUGCAUGAAGCUAACAGAGCCACGGAAAAAGACAUUAAGGAGAUGGAAUCAGUCAUUGGCUCUUUGCAGGAAGAACAAGCAAAUUUACAAACUGAAGCAGAGCGACUGGAAGGAAUUCUUGAAGAACAAGAAGAGUUGGCCAGGAAGGUGCAGAUCCAGCGGGAGUUGUCUGAGCAAGCCUGUUUCAGGCAGGAACAGGAAGACAAGAAAAAGGUGGAAGAGGUGGAACAGAUCAGAUGUCAAAUCGAGGAAAUCAAGUUUAAACAUAGGAAACUGCGGAUGAAGUUUGAAAGCCAACUUGAGGAAGUGAUUGUGGAACAUAAGAAUCUGUACAAGGUCUUUAGUCCAAAAAAUCUCCUAGAUGAAAUAGCGCGUGCUGAAGUAAGAAAAUGUCAGCUGUCAGAAGUUGAACAAAUUAAGUUGACUCACUUGGGCAACCUUCAAGAGAAGCUAGAAGAGAUGAAGAAGCAGCCAGCAACAGCAGCUGCAGAGACUUAGGAGUGAUUGUUGCCUGAGUGUUGGUAGCUCUAACCAGUUAAUAGUUCCUAUUGUCUUCAGGUCAGUUUGACAUGUUUUCAAGAGUUUUUUUUGAUCCUAGAAGUGGUUCUCUUGUAUCUACAUGCCCCAAAAUUACAUGGAUGAUUCUGUACCACACCCUCUGAUUAUAAAAUAAUUAAUUUAAAUAAAAAUGAA